AUGUGUUACUUCUACUGCAUCCAAACUCCGGAGCACCAAGGCUCAGGCGGAGAUGCCACCAUCGCGGUGCCCUCAGGAUCAACAACUGCCAGCGCAACAGCAACAGCAGGCCCGACGCCUCCUGCUCCGACUCUAGACGGCCAACCUUCGAACUGCAAUAAGUGGCACGUCGUUGCGGCCGGCGACAACUGCGGCGUCAUCGAGUCCGAAUACAGCCUCACUCACUCCCAAUUCCUCGAGUGGAACCCCGCCUCCUCAGAAGACUGCCUCACGGGCUUCUGGGGCGCGUACGCAUACUGCGUCGGCGUCAGCGGCGGAGGCGGCGCUGUCACCACGGCCCCACCUGCCACCACGACCUCCGCAGCCCCGGCCGAACCCACCAACGGACCAGUUGCGGCUCCGGAGCCCAACCAGGCCGGCAACGCCAUCGCUUUCUGCAACAAGGACGGCCAGGCGCAGUCCGGCGACUGGUGUUCGGCUUUUGCGGACCGUUACGGCCUGGCUUACUCUGACUUUUACGCUUGA